AUGCCUAGAAGUAUUCUCCUUCCGCAGGUUUUUCUUCCCCGCUCGGCUGUCAGCCUGGGACGUUUUGUUAUCAACCUCGAUGACCCUCUCCAAGAUUUUCACGAUCCCACGAGCAAUGCUAGCCCCGAUUGCGCUGAGAAAGUCCAAGAUCAGUACAGCAGCAUUUAUUAUUCCGCCAAACAUCAAAAUGUAGCGUCACAGCUUGCUUCGUUCCUAUCGUCCUCAUUCUCGAAACGCUUCAAUGCGACAGUUUGGCUUACAGCCGAUCAAGCUAAGACGUACUACUUGAACAACGCUGGCCAAUGGUUUCGAGAAGUAGUGAGAUCUCAAGAAACUCGCGAGUGGAUUGAGAGAACCAUCGAUGAAGGGGAAGACAUAUAUGUUGUUGUAGCUUACCACACGCUCGUGGGCGCUCAGAUACAAGAGCAGCUACGAGGGAAUCGCGCUGCUGGCGGAAAUAUGGCAAUACCAGCGUCGACGGCAUUGGCAGCAUCCGGCGUGGUUCUACCAUUCAAUUUCGUGGACUCUGGGAUCGGUGGCUUUUGUAGCCGUGUAGAACACGAGUACAGACUGUUCAAAGCGCCGGGUGAGCAGAUAUAUGCAGUGCAAUAUCGCAAGGUUGCCUGGAGAUGGUUUUCGAGCAAAAAAGCGGACGAGAUGACACUUGCAAAGAAAGCAUGUUGGAAAAGAUAUGACGGCCCGAGGAGCCUCCACGACGAGCAUGAUGACAUCAUUGAGGUGGAGCUCGAGGGCGAUUUCAAGCUGGAAGGGAACUAUGAUGAAUGCGCCAUAGAAUCUGGGGAAAUAUUUGUCUCAACUGUGUAG